ACGUGAGCGGUGCGGCGGAUCCGCGAUGGCGGCGCACCUGAGCUCGGGGCGGGUGAACCUGACCGCGCUGCGCGAGGCGGGACGGCGCGAGCUGCGGGAGUUCCUGGACAAGUGCGCGGGGAGCAAGGCCAUCGUGUGGGACGAGUCCCUGACCGGACCCUUCGGGCUCAUCGCGCAGUACUCGCUGCUCAAGGAGCACGAGGUGGAGAAGAUGUUCACGCUGAAGCCCGGGCGCCUGCCGCAGGCCGAUGUCAAGAACAUCAUCUUCUUCGUGAGGCCCCGGCUGGAGCUCAUGGACAUCAUCACCGACAACGUGCUCAGGGAGGACAGAGGCCGCUCUCCGCAGAGGGACUUCCACAUCCUGUUCGUGCCGCGCCGCAGCCUGCUGUGCGAGCAGUGGCUGAAGGAGCAGGGUGUGCUGGGGUCCUUCAUCCACCGUGAGCAGUACAGCCUGGACCUCAUUCCCUUCGAUGGGGACCUGCUCUCCAUGGAGGCCGAGAGCGCCUUCAAGGAAUGUUACCUGGAGAGCGACCAGACGAGUCUGUACCACGCAGCAAAGGGGCUGAUGACGCUGCAGGCUCUGUACGGAACCAUCCCACAGAUCUUCGGGAAGGGCGAGUGUGCUCGGCACGUGGCUAACAUGAUGAUCAGGAUGAAGCGCGAGUUCCCUGGGAGCCAGAACUCCAUAUUUCCCGUCUUCGACACCCUCUUGUUGCUGGACCGCAACGUGGACCUGCUGACGCCGCUGGCCACGCAGCUCACCUAUGAGGGGCUGAUAGAUGAGAUCUAUGGGAUCCAGAACACAUAUGUGAAACUCCCUCCUGAGAAGUUUGCCCCAAAGAAGCAGGGAGAGGGUGGGAAAGAUCUGCCCACAGAACCCAAGAAGCUCCAGCUCAACUCUGCUGAAGAGCUCUAUGCUGAAAUCCGAGACAAGAACUUCAAUGCUGUGGGGUCAGUGCUGAGCAAGAAAGCCAAGAUCAUCUCUGCAGCCUUUGAGGAACGCCACCAUGCAAAGACCGUUGGAGAGAUUAAGCAGUUUGUCUCACAGCUGCCACACAUGCAGGCAGCAAGAAGCUCUCUAGCAAAUCACACCUCCAUUGCAGAACUCAUCAAAGACAUCACCACAUCUGAAGAUUUCUUUGAUAAUUUAACGGUGGAACAAGAGUUCAUGUCUGGAAUAGACACAGACAAGGUUAACACUUACAUUGAAGACUGCAUAGCUCAAAAGCAUCCAUUAAUCAAGAUCCUACGCCUCGUUUGCUUGCAAUCCGUGUGCAAUAGUGGACUGAAGCAGAAGGUUCUGGACCAUUACAAAAGAGAGAUUAUCCAGACUUAUGGCUAUGAACAUAUAUUGACCUUAAACAACUUGGAGAAGGCUGGACUCCUGAAACCUCAGACAGGCGGUAGGAAUAACUACCCAACCAUCAGGAAAACGCUGCGCUUGUGGAUGGAUGAUGUCAAUGAACAGAACCCCAACGACAUCUCCUAUGUGUACAGUGGCUACGCACCGCUGAGUGUCCGCCUGGCACAGCUACUGGCUCGCCCAGGGUGGAGGAGCAUAGAAGAGGUUCUGAAGAUGCUGCCAGGUCCCCAUUUUGAGGAGAGGCAGCAGCUGCCCACUGGCCUUCAGAAAAAGCGUCAACACGGUGAGAACAGAGUCACUCUGGUAUUCUUCCUGGGAGGGGUAACGUAUGCAGAAAUUGCUGCUCUGAGAUUUCUGUCCCAGAUGGAAGAUGGAGGCACAGAAUAUGUCAUUGCCACUACAAAACUGAUCAAUGGGACAACCUGGAUGAAAUCCUUGAUGGAAAAACUGGAGCCUGCCCCAUUCUAAGGUCUGUGGUAAGAGACAGUGAAGGUGAGAGGCCCUGUGGACAAAAGCACAUCAGCUUCUGGUCUUCUGGCACGGCUUGAAAGUUGGGGAAACAAGACAGUGCAAGGAGCUCUUCUGAGACCAGCCCAUGAUGCAGCUACUCUCAUCCCUCUCUGCAUUUGGGUUCCUACUGUUUGCGGAACAUCUAGUAGACAAAGUAGCUCCUUUAGAGCUACUUCAGCUUCUUCAGAGCUGAAAGGCACUAACAAUGAAAUAAAUGGCUCAUGGUCUGGA